UGUAGUGAUUCCUCUCAGACGGGCCGGAGCGGGCGGCUUGUAAAGUUACGGCUCAGUUAAAUGUCAAACAGAGAAAACACAAACAGGUUUUCGCUACUGGACGGAUCUACUUCUUCAUUUGAAUACUAAAAGACAGCGAAGGAGAGGAUUAAGAGACAAUUUGGAUUAACUUCACACAGCCACUUUCUCUAAAUGGACUCUCUCGGAUUGAAACGACCAAGGACGAUUUCUGAUGAGAAAAGGACAAAGUUCUUAUUAAUGUGAUGGGCAUGUUUGCUUAAAACGUCACCAGACCGGACAUUUGAGUGAGGAUGACCGCCUUCACGAGGAAGGUGCAGCAGGUGCUGUGCGUCCUGCUGCUGUGUGCUCUCCAACUGUGCGGCGCGCAGACACAAGGAGUGGUCCUUUGUACCGGCACCAAGAAUGGUCUGAGCACGACAGGAAACUCAGAGAUCCAGUACACCCUGAUGAAGGAAAUGUACACGGGCUGUGAGAUUGUGAUGGGCAACCUCGAGAUUAACAUGAUGGAGCACAACAGAGACUUCUCCUUCCUCCAGUCCAUCAGGGAGGUGACGGGCUACAUCCUGAUCGCCCUCAACGAGUUCAGCCGCCUACCUCUUGACCACCUUCGUGUCAUCAGAGGCAGCACGCUGUACGAGGGUCAGUACGCUUUGGCUGUGAUGAUCAACUACCAGAAGGACGGGCCACAUGGCCUGCAAGAACUGGGCCUGACACACCUCACAGAAAUACUGGAGGGAGGAGUCAAGAUCAUCCAGAAUAAGUACUUGAGCUACGCUCCGCAGGUGAACUGGCUGGACAUCGUGAGGGAUGGAACAGCUCAUAUUAUGAUCGCAGACAAUGGGCCUGAAAAGCCUUGUAACGAAGCAUGCGGAGACGUUCCAUGUUGGAGUCCAGGAAACGACACGUGCCAGAUCUUGACAAAGACUGUGUGCGCUCCUCAGUGUAAUGGCCGAUGUUUUGGUAGAAGCCCGAGCGAGUGUUGUCACAUUGAGUGUGCUGGAGGCUGCACUGGACCGCUGGAUACAGACUGCUUUGCUUGCAGGAACUUCAACAACUCGGGGGCCUGCGUGCCUCUGUGUCCCCAGACCCUCAUCUACAACAAGCACACAUUUAAACUGGAGCCCAACCCCAACGCCAAGUACCAGUAUGGCUCCAUCUGUGUGGCCCAGUGCCCCCUUAACUUUGUGGUGGAUGGCAGCUCAUGUGUGAGCAGUUGCCCGUCUGAGAAAAUGGAGGUGGAUAAAAACGGAGUGAAAAGAUGUGAACCCUGUGGAGGACUCUGUCCAAAAGCUUGCCACGGCACAGGAACACCAACCAGACAGACAGUAGACGCACUGAACAUUGACAGUUUCAUAAACUGCACUAAGAUCCAAGGCAGUCUGCACUUCCUGGUGACUGGGAUAAAAGGUGAUAGUUAUAAUAAAGUACCAGCCCUCGAUCCGGAGAAACUUAAAAUCUUCAACACCGUGAGGGAGAUUACAGACAUCCUCAGUAUCCAGUCGUGGCCUGAAAGCAUGUCUGACCUGUCGGUCUUCUCCAACCUCCAAACAAUUCAGGGCAGAACACUUUACAAAGGAGUGAGCUCUAAAAGGGGAUACUCUCUUCUGGUGAUGAGGAUCCGCUCUUUGACCUCCCUGGGGUUACGCUCACUGCGAAAAAUAAAUGAUGGUGGCGUCUACAUCACAGGAAACAAAAAGCUCUGCUACCAUGACACUGUCAACUGGACGCGUAUCUUGACCAGCGGCUCUAGGCCACAGCGACGCCACAAGCACAUCGACGUCAAGGAGAACAGGCCAAGACUCCAGUGUGUUAAUGAGGGCCAUGUGUGCGACCCCCUGUGCUCCUCUGAUGGUUGCUGGGGCCCGGGGCCAAACCAGUGUGUGUCCUGUAAAAAAUACAGCAGGGGGGGGACGUGCGUGCCAGAUUGCAUGUUCUUAACUGGGGAGAGGCGGGAGUUUGCUACUCGAUCGGGGGAGUGUAGGCCUUGUCACCCUGAGUGUAAGGUCCAGGAGGGGAAGCAGACCUGCACAGGCCCGGGGGCAGAUCAGUGUGUAGCAUGUGCGAGCCUGCAGGACGGUCCACACUGUGUCUCCUCGUGUCCCGAGGGCCUGAUGGGAGGGGAGGAAGUCAUCUUUAAAUUCCCUAACAAGCAAGGACACUGUAAACCGUGCCACAUUAACUGCACCCAAGGGUGCCACGGCCCAGGACUUGGAGACUGUGCGGGCUCAGCACAGUACAUCUCUGGACAAGCAACCACAGCCAUCGUACUGGGAGUGAUCGCCCUUCUCUUCGCUUCAUUCUCUAUCUUCGUGCUGACUGUUCUGUACCGCCGAGGCCUCGCCAUUCGUCGCAAGCGAGCCAUGAGGAGAUACAUGGAAAGUGGAGGGAGUUUUGAGCCUCUGGAUCCUGGAGAGAAGGGGUCUAAAGUCCACGCUCGGAUCCUGAAGCCCACAGAGCUCCGUAAGAUCAAGCUGCUGGGUAACGGAGUGUUUGGAUCAGUCCAUAAGGGCAUUUGGAUCCCUGAGGGUGAUACGGUAAAGCUUCCUGUGGCCAUAAAGACGAUUCAUGAUCGCACUGGACGGCAAACCUUCUAUGAGCUGACAGAUCACAUGAUGACGAUAGGAAGCCUGGACCACAUUAACGUUGUCAGGACCCUGGGUAUCUGUCCCGGUGCCAGCCUGCAGCUCGUCACGCAGCUCAGCAGUCAGGGCUCCCUGCUGGAGCACGUCAGGAACUGCAAGAACAAACUCAGCCCACAGAGGCUGCUCAACUGGUGUGUUCAAAUCGCAAAGGGUAUGUAUUACCUGGAGGAGAAUAGGAUGGUCCACAGGAACCUGGCUGCCAGAAAUGUGCUCCUGAAGAAUAAUUACACUGCUCAGAUCUCAGACUACGGCAUUGCAGACCUACUUUACCCUGAUGACAAGAAGUACUUUUACAAUGAGGUCAAGACACCAAUCAAAUGGAUGGCCUUAGAAAGCAUCUUGUUUCGCAGAUACACACAUCAGAGCGAUGUCUGGAGUUACGGUGUGACGGUAUGGGAGAUGAUGUCCUAUGGGGUAGAGCCGUACACCAUGAUGCGUCCACAGGAUGUUCCUGAUCUGCUGGAAAAGGGCGAGCGCCUGUCCCAGCCUCAAAUUUGCACUAUUGAUGUCUACAUGGUCAUGGUCAAGUGUUGGAUGAUUGAUGAGAAUGUGCGUCCAACAUUCAAAGAGCUGGCGAAUGAAUUUACGAGAAUGGCCCGAGACCCACCUCGCUACCUGGUGAUCAAAGAGGACUGCAGCCAACAGGACUCAGCCCCGGAUGAGCUCGUCCAGCGGAGUGCAGACCUGGAUGAUCUAGACCUUGAACUGGAGGAACAGGAGGAGGAGGUGGUGGAUGGUCUGACUCCAGGCCCCCACCACCUGUCUCAGUCCAGGAGCCUCAGUCGCCUCUCCAGAUUGGACACUCACAGAGUUAAUCUUACUCCAAAUGUGGCUGGAUAUCUGCCCAUGACCCCUGGUGUUGACAACGCAGGACAGGCCAUGUGGCAGUCACGCUCUCGACUGAACUCAGCUCGCACCGUGUCUGAGAGCUCAGAAGGCUGCGGCACGGCAGUUGAGCUGGAGAUGAGUGAGGACUUUUCUCUGGCAGGGAGCCUGAAAAGACGACGUCAACGCGAGGACAGCGCUUACAUGUCCCAGAGGGACAGCUUGUCUGGCGGGCCACCAGAGACUCCAUCACCAGAGAUGGAGGAAGAGGACCAGAACGGAUACGUGCUUCCUGGAGACAGUCCUGAGAGAGAUACCCUACUUUCCCCAUAUCGAGCCCCUCAUGGCAGGACGGACAAGUCUCAUUCCUCAGGCAUCCUGGAUGAUCCAGAUGAGGAAGAAUACGAGUACAUGAACAAGCAGACUUGUGUAACACCUGUCUCGCCCCGGCACAGCAGCCACUGGCUGAAGCCGAACAACAAGCGCACCUCCUCUGUAUCGUCACAAGCAACAGCAUGCUCAGGUGACACCGCAAUGUCUGUGGAGGUCAGGAGGAGCAAUCACAACUCUGACUCAGAGCAGCAGGGAUCUAAUGAAGUUCAGUAUGAAUACAUGGACAUCAGAGGAAGUGAGAAAGACGGAAGCCCUCCAGUGCCUGACCCUCCUCCUCCUCCGCCAUUAGCAAGGAUGAGCAGCAAGGUGGAGGAUGAGGAGGAGGAGGAAGAGGAGGAUGAAUAUGUGGAGGACAGUAACUAUCACUACACAAAUAGACAGCCGAAGCUGCGUCAAGCUCUUAAAGACAGGAAAGAGCUGAAGAUAGAAGGAGAGGAUGAGGGCGAGGCGUAUGAGUAUGAGGACAUGGACUCCUUUGCUGCCCCACGGCCUGGAGAUGCUGUGGUGUACCAGAAUCUGAGGAGAGAUGGGGAGGCAGCAGGAGGAGGCGCAGAGGCACAUCGAUCUGGGUUUGAGCCUUAUGUAACUGUGCGGGCUGGAGUCGGUGUCGGGAAAUCUCCAGCUAGCGACAGAUCUUUUGACAAUCCAGACUACUGGCACAGCAGGAUGUUCCUGAAGCCCAAAGCAGUGCCGACAUGAAGAACAUUUUAAAUCUCUUAGACGUAUUCAUGAAGGACCCAAAAUAAAAGCCAUGUUAAUAAUGUAGCCUAUGACACAGUUUUGAAAAACCGAAUGUGUGAUUUUUUUCACAGCUUUGUUGUUUGUUACAGGCUGACGUUAUGUCUUGAAUUCAGGCCUUUGAUUUUGGGACAUUUCCAGAAAUAAUAGCACUGAGAACAUUAACAGAAAUGAACAGAUUACAAGCUAUAUUUUUCUGUUUACAUUUUGAAAUGAACAAAACUUGCUUUUGAGGACAAAUGUGUUUGUUUGGAUUUUUGACUUUUUGAGACCUCUUUUAUUGAUGAUAUAUGAAAUAAAUUUUCUACUCAAUAAAGAUAUUUUGAAUCAUUA